AUGGCAGACAAGGAAGCAGAACAUGGUAGCGAGACGAUGGUCCCGAUAGAGGCUAUCCAGACCGUAGAUCCCGAAGUCGUCGCUAAACUUCCUCCCGCGACCAAGAUCUCGAUCGUUCCCUAUGGAAUUAGCUUGUGGACACGCACGGCUCGGCUGGACAUCGAUCGUGAUGGUGUUCGCAAGGCGUAUUUCCUCAAGACAUCCUACGGCGCCAUCGGCCGCGCAAUGACACAAAGCGAGUUCCAAUGUAUGUCUCGCAUCCGCCGCGUCGCGCCGGACCUGGUGCCGGAGCCCCUAGCCUCGGGGUCGUUUUCCAGCGUGCCGGACGUGCAUUUCCUAUUGUGCGAGUUCCGGCGUAUGACGGGGACGGUUCCAGCCCCCGAAGCACUCGCCGCGAAGAUUGCGGAGCUGCAUCGGUGUAGUGGCGGCGGCAGUGGUGGUAAGUUCGGGUCGGACGCUCCGACUUUUCAUGGGAAUGUGCGCGUCGACCAUGGCUGGUCUGGGUCCUGGGAGGAGUACUUCGCGAGGACGACGAAGGUGCUGUUUAGGCUGGAGCAAGAGGCGCAGGGACCAAACGACGGAAUAAAAGGGAUGAUAGCGCCUUUUUUCGACAAGGUAGUCCCGCGCCUCCUUCGCCCCCUAGAAACAGGCGGCCGCUCCAUCCAGCCGUGCCUUAUCCACGGCGACCUAUGGCACGGCAAUGCCGAGACAGAUGCGGAAACGGGCUUGCCUAUCAUCUUCGACGCGGCGUCUUUUUACGCGCAUAACGAAUAUGAACUCGGCGUCUGGCGCCAGCCGUGGAACAAGAUUGGCAGCGCCUACCGGGCGGAAUACCACAAAUAUAUGCCCAAGGCGCAGCCAGAAGAGGACUGCGACGACCGGAACGCCUUAUAUGCAGUAGAUACUAAUAACAUUGAUCGUGGUAGUCGAGUUAAUAUCCUCGACUCCAUUUUAUACAAGGACGAUCCUAGUUACCGACAGAUGUUGAUAUCUGGUAUGCGUGAGCUCGUCGAUAAGUUUCCUGGUGGAUUUGAAGAGUGGGACGCCUCGCAGAAAAAGGGGACAGUAUAA